AUGGGAUUAGAUCCUCUCACAAUUCUUCAAGAAAGAAAAAACAGGAAAGCAGCUCGGAUCGCAAUGAGAAUCGACGUACAUAACAAUUUACCAACUUUGAUGGCUGAAGAUUUAAAACUUCGAACUUCGAAAUCGACUUGUCUUUUAGGUUAUAGCUUGUACGCGUCGCUAUACCACGUUAGAAACUGCCGACAAUGUAAAAGCCCAUGGAAGGAAAUUCUCAGCGAACCUUUCAUGAAAUUACCUUCUAAAAAUAAAUUACCGGAUUAUUACGACAUGAUAAAAAAACCUUUGGAUAUAAAGAAAAUAUUUAACAGGAUAGAAGAUGGAAAGUAUCAGACAGCGAAACAAGAUGAUGUCUACCUUUUGGAGAGGAGAGGAGAGGUGACAAAAACGUUUCUGUUAUAUUUUCAAAUAAUUUAA